AUGUGUUAUGCUGCACCCGACAACAGUUUCUACGACUGGCCCCAGACAAAGCUAGAUGGCGGCAAGCAAACUCCCGUGGCGGUAGUGUCCUCGGCCGGAGUUCCCGUUUCCCAGUCCGCUUCCUCCACCAUCACCAACACCACCCUUCUCAGCCCGAGUCAACAGGAAACCUACCAUUACGGUCGCCUGCACUUGCCCGAGGGCCAGCUGCCAGCGCAGAUUGUCCUCAACGGCCUGGAACUCUAUCAGCCCUUAUUGCCGGGAAAAAACCAGUCAGGCUCGCUGUACCACCCUGGUGGGCUGACUGUCCGAACAGAUGUUCCGGUGCAGCUCAUC